GAAAACCAUAAAUUUCACACCUGAGACUCUCGCGGCCCGGUACCAAAUGACUCACGGGCCGGUCCGUGGCCCGGGGGUUGGGGACCGCUGCUCUAAGUGACUUCUAAGUUCAGUGACUUUAAUUAGUUACCACACAGCGAUCAGCUAUAGUUUCUUUUACUGCGACACCUGUCAAAGCACCAUUGAUGUGAGUGAGGAAACUAUCCAUUCAGACCAAAUGGAGAAACUGAACCAUCUCCUCUGGACUCCUCGUUGCCAUCCUGAUGCUGGUGGAAGGCUAAAAUCCAGCCCGAGCUGGUUAGUUCUCCUGUUCGUCUUUUGCUGAGCUGAGAACUUUCUCCAUCAUUGCGUGUACUUUCAUCCACUACCUGUUUAACUGCAUUUUCAGAAUGAACACCUUAAUGAGUCACUAUCCAGUCUCAAGGUAUAAAGUGGUAAUACUCAACGCUUGCUGGUUAGCUUUAAUAGCCUUCUCAUAAUCGUUUACACAACAUCAUAGCUGUUAAGUCUUCGCUUUCUCCUGAUAAUUUUUGUUAAUUUCAUUGGAAUUUUUGAAUUUUUCUUUUUUUUAAAUUAUUAUUAAAUGUUUUUACAUCUUUAUUUAAGCCUACGUAGUCUAUUUUCAUGAAUGAAACUGAUUUGGACUGCUUGGCCAACAGUGUAGCUAUAAAACCUGACAUCUCAGCUUUUGCACUAAAACCAGUGGCAGCUGUGGUUUCUGAGUUACAGUAUCUCAAGAUAAUUAAUCCCGUAAUCAUGAAAUAAACUGUUUACCCGGGAUCACCGCUUAAUUGUCCAAUUUAGUUUAGAUAACAAACUUUAUCCUAAGGAUAAAGGGAAGAGCUCUUUAAUGAAAGCAGCUUGUAAAGGUCAUGGUGUACAGAAGCUUGUUGUCCCAAGAUAAGCACACAUUUAUCAUAUUUAGACAACAGUUUUUUAUUAUGUAGCAACAGCGCAGUAAUUCAAGUGCAGUCAAGUCAUAGGCUUAAAAAGACUGAAAAGCCCCAUUUGUCAUCUCUGUGGAUACGUAAUGAUAUAAUUGGGUCAUGUCAACCAUGAGAUUGCAGUUUCAAGUCAUGUGAGAGGCCUAAAGAUUUGUGUUCUCUUUUGAUGUGAGGGUUGCUCUGUGAUUGAAGAACAGUAGGAUGCAGUGCAACAAGUCCUAAAAGCCUGCUCGCACUCGUGUAUUUUUUUCCUGCUGCACUCUUACAGCAGUACGGACUGGCUCCUAAAUUUUCUACUCGGAGAUUCAACAUUUUAUUAAUGCUCUUCUGACUAUGCCAUUAAUUGUAGAUCUCAUUAAUGCUCAUUUGGCUUGUGACAGCCUCCGUAUAACAUCAGCAGACAUACCCGGCCAUUGACUGUCACAGCAGCGUGCACAGAUCACCAGCAUUAGAAGAAAAACCAUCAGGGAGUUUAAGCGCCAUGACUGCAUUUUGGAAGCAUAUUCGACUAAAAUGGAAGCACUGUAGGAGGCCGAGUCGCCUUGCUUACUUGUACUUCCCCUUUUGAAGUGCAUGAGUCAAGGCACUUAACAAGUGUUUGAAGUCUCAAUGUAAUGAGAAGAAAAAAGAUGAUGAAGUGUGUGUGUGAGAGAGAGAGAGAGGAACAGGCUCUGUCCACCUUUGUGUGGGCAGUUAUAUCAGUUUAGACUGUAUAGCACAAAAUUGUGCCACUAACUGCGGAUAUAUCACAUCAGGGAUAAAGGAUUUUGUGUGUAUGCACGUGACCGAGGUAACAGCUGUGUCUGGGCCAAAGAGGGGGCAAUGGUGGACUCUGAUAAAGAGACGGGGCAAAGAGACAAUGAGAGAGAAGAGGAGGAGGUAGAGACAAAGAGGGAGAAUGGGAAAGAAAGCAGAUGGGUGUUUUUUGGUGUGGAGCCCUUCCCCUCCCUGCUCCCCCCACCCCAAUGUUUUCUCCAUGUUGAGCCUGUGUGCCACACCCAUGUCUAAUAGUGUUAAUAAUAUUCUCUUCACACACCCUCCCCAAAUCUGUCAGCACACACGGAUGUUUCUGCUGGUUUUACUCUUCUUCAUUUUAAGACAUAAACUUAAAGGGGAGAAGAAUAACCAAAGAUGAUCAGCGGUGUAGUUUCCACUUGUGAUAGAACGUAAACAUUCUGUUGCACAAUCCCUUUACAGUAAAUCACAAGUACUUUGACAUUAGAUUAAGGUCCACUUGUGUGGGAUGACAGAGUAAUAAUCCUUUACGAUAACAAACAAUGGGGACAAAGUAUUUUAGCACUGUAAUGUAGUUCACCACAAGCCAUUUGCUUGCUCGAUCAAGGGGCAAUGGUACUGGUCUUUAUAUGAAUUAUAUUUUAUAGAAGAUGUAAUAAUUACCAUAUAACUACAUCUGGUUCAUGCACUGGCUAUUAAAGUUGGCAUUGACCUGUGAAGGGCGAACCCAAUGCAGAAGUGUCUUGAACCUACAUUCUUUUUAAUGACCAGCAGGGGGCGAAUACCGUGGUUGCAAAAAACCCGCAGGUUUUGUAGAAGUCUCUGAGAAAACAGUCCUUUGCUCUCUUGCUAUAUGAUCCCAGUAAAAAACGCCCUUUAAAUGUUCAAGUCUUAAUAAAUUUUGAUGGUCAUCUUAUUAUAACAACACAAAAAAAUGGUUAUCUAAUUUGGUAACGACUUAGUGUAUCAAUCACAAGAUUUGCGUUUAUAGUCAGAUCUCCUCUUGACUUCUAGUUUCAAAAAGUGAAGAGGGCGAUGGUGGAAACACUCAGCUCAAGGCUUCACAGCAAAACGUAAGAAACCAAUGGUUGACCUCACAGUGCCCAUCUCCAUCUUUUAUAUACAGCCUAUUAGUGACGACAGAUGACGCACUCAAAAACUAUAUCAUUGUUGAGUUAAUUAUUAAGUCGCUGAAUGAAAAAAGCACUGAAGAUUUAGUAUUUAUUUAUUUGUUUAUUGAAGACCAAUUAAAAAUAACUCAAAAUAACAGUUCGUUUGUAACCAUCCAGCUGAAAUCCAUUCACAAGAAUCGAAAUUCUUAUCCUUAUUAUCCUGAUUCUUUUUCACCCACUCUGGAAGCUGACCCAAAUAUCAGUUGGCUGAUAGUGACAGCGACUGAUCGCAUUUGUCUCUAUGCAGGAAAACUUGUGUAUAGAAUAUAAUGCAUUCAGAGGGUAAUUUUAGAAACACAAAUGCACAAAUCUGACUGUUUCCACAUUUGUAGCUGUGGCACAUUCAGUAGAGCAUCAGUUAAAGGUGUGAAGACAGGUGUUGUCUUCACAGUCUUCACUAGUUUGUGAUGUACAUUGGUGGAAAUUGCUGGAGCCUAUCCCAGCUUAAAUAGGGUGAAAGGUGGGCUACAUGCUGGAUAGGUUGGCAGUCCAUUACGGGAUUAACACAGAGAGAUAAACAACCAAACAAUUUGAUAUAUCAAUAUCAGAAUUUUCCUCCCCCUUAAAAUAAGCAAAUGAAGUAUCAGAUGGACUCAGUAUCAGUAGUAACAGCAAUUGUAGCAGUAAUAACUGGAAAUGUACAGUAGGCUGUUGUUGUAAUGGUUGUAGUAAUACAAGUAGCAGAGGUGUUAAAGUGUUCAGCAGGCACAGCAAUGUGCCUUUAACACAGCAACUAAACUCAAGACUGCUUGCCAUGCAGGACCGCAUUUACUUCAGUGAAUAAGUCACCAGCAGAUGGUUGGAAGUUGCUGUGAUACUUCCUGUAUUACUAAGAAAAAUACACAACUGAGGACAUAAUCAAUACAUUGUUCACGUCAACGGCACUUAUGAUUAACAGACACACGAGUGUGAAUCAACUGUUGUGCUCGGUGGCAUUUUUCAGCUCAUGUGUCUGUAUGAAUUUAGAGAGCCUGAUGAUAUGAAAAUGCACCUCGUGUUGUCCUGCUGAGUAUAAAUGGAACAUGAUGUUCGUGAUCUAAUUCUGGUGACUGCCAUAAUCCCCGUGUUACCACCCAAAGGUGCAACACAGUGAUGGAUGAAAGCGCGGUGAUGGAUGGAUGCAGCUUCAUGCGCUGGGUGUUGAGUUGGACCAGUGAACUCACCGUGAGUCAGGUUCACAGUUAUAGUGGCACACACACACACUCACACACACACACACACACGCACACAACCUGAUAUGUGAUGAGUAAGUUAUCUAGUUCCUGGUCUGACAUGAGAACCUCGGAAAAAAUGAAAUAAUUGAAUGGCAGGAAAAUAUGUAGAAUCGGAGAGACAAAAACAGAGGCACAGGAAGAAAAUUAAGGUUAAGGCAUCAGCAAAAACUUUUACUCAGUGAGGGAAAUAAAAGAGCAAAGGAGAAAUAAAUAGAUAAAUGGAGGGAGGGAGGGAUAUUGUGGGUGCAGCUCUCUCCAGUUGGUGUUGCUAUGGCCCUGCCCUCCCUGCUCACUGAGCCAUUUCCUGUUUUUGACCUGAAAUCUUUAUUUAGAGCCAUCCCUCCUCGCUGCUCUGCAUUCAUGAGUCAACUCAGAGUCCAGAGAGAUGAACGCGCUACUAAAAUCAGAUCUCCAUUCACCACAGAAACUACGUAUGCACCCUGGCUAACCCACUGGUUAUCUGUACAGCAGCCGGGGCUUCAUUCGGAUAUAUGUUCGGUAAAGGUGCGAAGCGAAAGCUGGACGAGGAUGAAGAGGGGCUGGAAGGCAAAACGCUGGAGGCGCCGGUGGCGGGAGGGGGGCUAGGCGUCACUCCAGAAGGUCUUUCGAAGGUGUCGUACACCUUGCAGCGGCAGACCAUCUUUAACAUCUCUCUGAUGAAGCUGUACAGCCAACGGCCGCUGGGAGAACCCAGCCUGGAGCGCCGCGUCCUCAUCAACAACAUGCUCCGCCGCAUCCAGGACGAACUCAAGCAAGAGGGCUCCCUGCGGCCACUUCUCCUUCCGCCCUCACCGCCACCCGACGACCCCAUGGACGAAGGCUUCCGUGAGGCGCCGCCAUCUUUCGGCGUUCUGUCAGCGGCAACGAGCACACAGGUAUCCCAGCCUUCUGCACUGCUGAUGCCAGCGAUUGCUCCUCCGCCUUCACCCCACCCAAUGGUGCCUCCCAACUGCCAGGUAUCCCAGGCCUGCCCCAGCCGUCUGGAGGCCUGUCCUGCCCCUUUGGAGGCCUGCCUCACUCCUGCCUCUUUACUGGAGGAGGAUGGUGGAGAUUCAGCCUUUUGCGCGGUAUCUCCACCCACCCCUCCGCUGUCACCACCCCCAGUGCAGCCUCCCAUUUCAGCACCUCUGAGCCAGGCCCCCUCUGUCCCUGUGCCUGUCUUUUCCUCCUCUCUGAGUGACAUGGAGUUGGGUCCUCCUACAGCCAUAACAAGGACAGCAGCAGCUAAUACUACGACCAUGACUACCUCCCCAGCUCCCACACCAACCACCCAACCCCUCCCACCUACACCCACCGGCUCACCCAGAGACUGCAGGACUACGGGUGCUAAACCAGAGGCAGCUGCUGUUUUCCUAGUGGAAGGCCGCUGUGCUGAGCUCCGGCCAAUGGACACUCUCCCUGCAGUGCCCCCAGGUGGCCUGGUAGACGUUUCCUCCUCUCCUUCUUGUCCCCCGUCCUCUUCCUCGCCCUCGCCCUUUCUCUCAGACUUGGCGUUGGAUGAUGUCCUGUUCGCCGACAUUGACACAUCCAUGUAUGACUUUGACCCUUGCACGACAGCAGGGGGAGCAGGGGGUGGGACAGCAAGCACCGGCGGCCUCGCCAAAGUGUCGCCAGUGGUGACGGCGGACGACCUACUCAAAUCAUUGGGGGCACCGUACAGCGGCCCUGCCCCCCAGGUUUCAGCCAAUCAGCCUUUCAAAAUUGAUCUGACAGAAUUGGACCACAUCAUGGAGGUGUUGGUGGGCUCCUGACUCAAGGAUGCCCCCCCGAUGAGAAACAGUUUAAUCAGACUGGAAUGAAAACGUGGGAUCGAUUUUUUUCCUGGUUGUUGUUUUUACAUUGUUUUUUUUUAAAACUCUCUUCAAAAGUCGGUAAUUGUAAACAUCGAUGGUGAUGUCAGUUAGUACUACUAUGACAACUACUACUACUACUACACAACACUGUGCAUGCACUGUCCUCGCCUUUCCAAAUAUGGAAAAGAAGUAACCGGGAAACAAACACAUAUAAUUGUAUUUCUAUACUUGUGAGGACCUCCUUUGACUUCCUUCAUUCCCGAAACCUAAUCCUCUUUGUAAUCUUUAACUUUAAUCUAAGCCUUAACCCUAAGGAGUAACUGUAAAUAGAAGCAAUGAAAUUGUCCUUGUUGUGGACAACUCUAUCUACCCUUGUGGGGACACUUACUCCUCACAGGUAAAGAAAUACAAGCAUAAACAUGAGACACACACACACACACUGUAAUUAUGGCUUUUAGCAGAUGAGUGCCUUUCAAAAUGACCACUUAUUCAAUUCCUGUUUUUACAGUAUUUUUUUUUUUCGUUUUAACAGCCUAGAGAGGUCACUCCUUAAUGUUUUUUGUUUAAUUUAUUGUAUUGAAACUAUCGUUAAGUAAGGUAAUUUCUCAUGAUCAAAUAGUAAUUAUUUAAUCUCUAUCUUAUUACAGAUGCUAUGUUUUAUUUGUAAAGCAAGCAUAAAAAGGAAUAUGUAGUUUUACCAGUGUGCUAGAUGACAUAUUAGCUUGGCUAUACGAUUACAGUUUGGGAGUGGCUCUGCGACGCCUCGCCGAUGUUUUGGUAAACUCUUUUUUGUACUUCUCCUUAUCAGCAAGCACAUAUAACUGUGCUGGAUGCUGUUUUACAUGAGUUCGGUCAUAUGAGCUGGUUAUCAUGAUUCACUUGCAGCAGAAUUCAAAUGAGCUACACCCACAGGGGAAAGCUCGGCGUGUUUACAUUAGAGGCAACAGCAGCAGCAGCAGCAGCAGCAGCACCGACUCAUGGCUCCCAGUCGGAUGUAGAUGAUGUGAAAAGUGCAGCCUAAGCAGAGGCUUAGGGCUCACUACACGCAUGUUAAAUUUAGCUGCGCAGGCCUGAAAACAAAACAGCUGUUACCCCAUUGCAGGGAAAUUCACUGUGGUACCACUGCAACUCUUGGAAUUACACAAGAAAAAUGUGAGCGGUUAGUAGGACUAUUAUUUUUUGGGUGAGGUUUAGUUCCCUCUGAUUUAGCAACACAGGUGACUGGCAAAUUGUAGCAGGACAUACAGUAUUACACACCCCCUGAGUAUGUUUACUUGUGCUUAGAAUAGAAGCCCUAAAGUGCAAAAUCUCAUGGUUCUGCAGGACAAUUUUGAGAUUGCCUCAAAAAGCUCACGGGCCAGGAGGUCUAAAUCUGACUCGUAAAUAAUAAGAAUGCGGGUGAAGUAGGAAACCCAAACCACAGUGUUAACCUGAUACUGCAACCAUGCAAAGUGUUGUUUCAAAACACUUCCAACCCCCACCCAGCAGAGGUCACCAGUGAAUAUUUAUGGCACUAAAACACAAAACUGGCAGUUAAGUGAUUCUGAGUAACAGUUGUCUGUGGGUUUAUCACUGCAAGGUACAUAUUACACAGAAUCAUCUAGUGAAAGUAUAGAAGGGGCACCAGAGAGCACAGCUUUAGUGUUAGUCACCAUUGUAGCUGCUGUGUGCUGUAUUUUCUCAUCAUACAGCAUCUGUCAGAAGAAGCGUUUCUGGACACUGCAAUGAUCCAGAGGGCCGGGGAAUGCCACCGGUGGCUAUUUUGAUUAUGGAAGCGUUUUUCAGCAAGUCACCGUAAGAACCCCUGAACCCUCGUGUGUUUGCCAGCACAGCUUUGCGGUGGUCUCGCGGUAUUGUUCGAGAACAUUGUGUUCCAGUGGAAGAUCAUCAGCUUCCCAGGGUACAUUUGACUUCAACUAGCUUGUAAAAGAAUGGCAUUUUAAACCGAAGCAGAGUGUGAGCCGAGCACAUGGCAGCACCAACUAAUACCAUUUCUUGAUGACCGUAUCUUGUUGCUUUCACCAUAUUUAAAUUUUGGAGUGCUUGUUUUUCUUUCCUUUUUUUAAAUUGUCAAUGAAGUUAUUUAUUCGUAUGGAUUUUUCCCCCUUUUUUUGUAAAUAUAUUUAUUUUUUAUGUGAACAUUUGGAUUGUAAAUGUGUGUACAGAAUGUGUGGUAGGAAUGUACUUCAAAAAGGAAUGUAUCCGAGUGUGGAACUAUGGGGUGGAAGCCAUUUUUUUUAAUAUACAUAGGUAAUUAUAUUAUCUUGUUUAUGUUUAUGUUUGUUUUGUUGCAUUGUUAUUGUUUUUUGUUUUUUUGAUUUCUGGGGUGGCAGCCACAACUUUUUACAUCUUUUGUACUCUCUUGUUCAUCACUUUCCAGUUGAAGGCGAAGAGUUCAUGCAGCAAUACUCAAAAAGCCCAUCUCAAACCUUCAGAUGUCAAGUCUCCAAAGCCUGUCAGAUGCUCUGAUGCCAAAAGUAAUGUACAUAGUAUGAACAACAUUCAAGGUUCUGAGUCUUUUUCGAUCAGUGUUUGUCACCGAAUCGGUUUAAGCGCUGUCCGAGCGUGCGGCAAUUUCUAACCGCAGAUAAGGACUGACCACAGUCGAGGCUGAGUCCCUCUGCAAAGGCUGUAUUUUACACAGACCUCAGAGCUGUGCCUUUUUCUAUGCAAUAGAACACAAACACACAGAGAGAAAUUAUCAGCUGAUCA